CAGAGAACCCACACAGGGGAGAAACCUUUUGAAUGCUGGUGUGGAAAGAGAUUCAGUCAGAGUGUCAGUCUUCAACGUCAUCAGAGAACCCACACAGAGGAGAAACCUUUUGAAUGCUCAGAGUGUGGAAAGAAAUUCAGUGAGAGUGGCACUCUUCAACGUCAUCAGAGAACCCACACAGGGGAGAAACCUUUUGAAUGCUCAGUGUGUGGAAAGAGAUUCAGUUGGAGGGACAAUCUUCAAUAUCAUCGUAGAACUCACACAGGGGAAAAAACUUUCGAAUGCUCAGUAUGUGGGAAGAGAUUCAUUCAGAGUAGCGAUCUUAAAAAGCAUCAGAGAACUCACACACGGGAGAAACCUUUUGAAUGCUCAGUGUGUGGAAUCAAAUUCAGUGAGAGUGGCACUCUUCAGCAUCAUCAGAGAACCCACACAGGGAAGAAACAUUUUGAAUGCUCAGAGUUUGGAAAGAGAUUCAGUGAGAGUGACGGUCUUCAACGUCAUCAGAGAACCCACACAGGGGAGAAACCUUUUGAAUGCUCAGAGUGUGGAAAGAGAUUCAGUGAGAGUGGCCAUCUUCAACGUCAUCAGAGAACCCACACAGGGGAGAAACCUUUUGAAUGCUCAGAGUGUGGAAAGAGAUUCAGUCAGAGUGGCACUCUUCAACAUCAUCAGAGAACCCACACAGGGGAGAAACCUUUUGAAUGCUCAGAGUGUGGAAAGAGAUUCAGUGAGAGUGGCACUCUUCAACAUCAUCAAAGAACCCACACAGGGGAGAAACCUUUUGAAUGCUCAGAGUGUGGAAAGAGAUUCAGUCGGAGUGGCACUCUUCAACAUCAUCAGAGAACCCACACAGGGGAGAAACCUUUUGAAUGCUCAGAGUGUGGAAAGAGAUUCAAUGAGAGUGGCCAUCUUCAACGUCAUCAGAGAACCCACACAGGGGAGAAACCUUUUGAAUGCUCAGAGUGUGGAAAGAGAUUCAGUGACAGUGGCAGUCUUCGACAUCAUCAGAGAACCCACACAGGGGAGAAACCUUUUGAAUGCUUAGAGUGUGGAAAGAGAUUCAGUCAGAGUGGCCAUCUUCAGCGUCAUCAGAAAACCCACACAGGGGAGAAACCUUUUGAAUGCUCAGAGUGUGGAAAGAGAUUCAGUGAGAGUGGCGAUCUUCAACGUCAUCAGAGAACCCACACAGGGGAGAAACCUUUUGAAUGCUCAGAGUGUGGAAAGAGAUUCAGUCGGAGUGGCCAUCUUCAAUAUCAUCAGAGAACCCACACAGGGGAGAAACCUUUUGAAUGCUCAGAGUGUGGAAAGAGAUUCAGUGGAAGUGGCAGUCUUCAACAUCAUCAGAGAACCCACACAGGGGAGAAACCUUUUGAAUGCUCAGAGUGUGGAAAGAAAUUCAGUGAGAUUGGCACUCUUCAGUGUCAUCAGAGAACCCACACUGGGGAGAAACCUUUUGAAUGCUCAGAGUGUGGAAAGAGAUUCAGUCAGAGUGGCACUCUUCAACGUCAUCAGAGAACCCACACAGGGGAGAAACCUUUUGAGUGCUCACAGUGUGGAAAGAGAUACAGUGAGAGGAGGAAUCUUCAGCAGCAUCAGAGAACACACAGAGGGGAGAAUCUUGGGGGACCCAGCUGCAGCCUCCUUUUUCUGAGCUGCCUCAGCAGCACUGGGGACACCCCGGGAGGAGCGCAGCCCCCUGCUGCAAAGUUACUCUCGAGCAGCCCCGUUGAGCAGCACGAGGCGAGGCUGACGGCAGCCUACAUGAAGCUCCUCUGCAGCACUGGAAGGGUUAAGACCGCCGAGCUGCUUUCUAGAGAGGCCGAGCUACGACUCCCUUCCAGUGUGCAAACUCUGCCUGGCGUGAUCUCUGAAGAGGAGGGCAUCUUCUUGUUCUUCCAGGGUCCUUUUUCCUUUGAGGAGGUGUCCGUCUCUUUCACGGAAGCAGAGUGGGCCCUGCUGGAUCCGGGACAAAGAGCUCUGUACAGGGAAGUCAUGCUGGAGAACUACGGGAAUUUGGCCUCUCUGGGUUUUGUUUGGUACAAUCAUACAGGCCAAAAUGAAUUCAGUCAGAGUAGAAUACUUCAGCUGCACCAAAAAACCCACACAGGAGAGAAACCUUUUGAAUGCUCAGAGUGUGGAAAGAGAUUUAUUGUGAAUGGCAGUCUUCAAAAUCAUAAGAGAACCCACACAAGGGAGAAACCCUUUGAGUGCUCAGAGGGUGGAAAGAGAUUCAGUAGAAGUGGUGACCUUCAGCAUCAUCACAGAACUCACACAGGGGAGAAACCUUUUGACUGUUCAAAGUGUGGAAAGAGAUUCAGUUGGAGUGGCAGUCUUCAAUGUCAUCGUGGAAUUCACACAGGGGAGAAACCUUUUGAAUGCUCAGAGUGUGGAAAGAGAUUCAGUAGAAGGGGUGAUCUUCAGCAUCAUUACAGAACUCACACUGGGGAGAAACCCUUUGAGUGCUCAGAGUGUGGAAAGAAAUUCAGUCAAAGUGGCAGUCUUCAAAAGCAUCAAAGAACCCACACAGGGAAGAAACCUUUUGAAUGCUCAGAGUGCGGCAAGAAAUUCAGUCAGAGUGGCCAUCUGCAGUAUCAUCACAUAACCCACACAGGGGAGAAACCAUUUGAAUGCUCAGAGUGUGGAAAGAGAUUCAGUACAAGUAGCAGUCUUCAAUAUCAUCAGAGAACCCACACAGGGGAUAAGCCUUUUGAAUGCUCGCAGUGUGGAAAGAGAUUCAGUCAGAGUGCCAAUCUUCAAAAUCAUCAGAGAACCCACACUGGGGAGAAACCCUUUGAGUGCUCAGAGUGUGGAAAAAAAUUCAGUCAGAGUGGCCAUCUUCAGUAUCAUCAGAGAACCCACACUGGGGAGAAACCCUUUGAGUGCUCAGAGUGUGGAAAAAAAUUCAGUCAGAGUGGCCAUCUUCAGUAUCAUCAGAGAACCCACACAGGGGAGAAACCUUUUGAAUGCUCAGAGUGUGGAAAGAGAUUCAGUAGAAGUGGCAGUCUUCAAAAACAUCAGAGAACCCACACAGGGGAGAAACGCUUUGAGUGCUCAGAGUGUGAAAAAAAAUUUAGUCAUAGUGGCAGUCUUCAAAAGCAUCAAAGAACCCACACAGGGGAGAAACCAUUUGAAUGCUCAGAGUGUGGAAAGAGAUUCAGUAGAAGUGGCAGUCUUCAACGUCAUCGUAGAACUCACACAGGGGAGAAACCUUUUGAAUGCUCAGAGUGUGGAAAGAAAUUCACUUGCAAUAGCAGUCUUCAAAAACAUCAGAGAACUCACACAGCGGAGAAACCUUUUGAGUGCUCAGAGUGUGGAAAGAAAUUUAGUCAUAGUGGCAGUCUUCAAAAGCAUCAAAGAACCCACACAGGGAAGAAACCAUUUGAAUGCUCAGAGUGUGGAAAGAGAUUCAGUCGGAGAGGAACUCUUCAACGUCAUCAGAGAACGCACACAGAGGAGAAACCUUUUGAAUGCUGAGAGUGUGGACAGAGAUUCAGUCAGAGUGCCAAUCUUCAAAAGCAUCAGAGAACCCACACUGGGGAGAAACCCUUUGAGUGCUCAGAGUGUGGACAAAAAUUCAGUCAGAGUGGCCAUCUUCAGUAUCAUCAGAGAACCCACACAGGGGAGAAACCAUUUGAAUGCUCAGAGUAGUGUGGACAGAGAUUCAGUCAGAGUGCCAAUCUUCAAAAGCAUCAGAGAACCCACACUGGGGAGAAACCCUUUGAGUGCUCAGAGUGUGGAAAGAUAUUCAGUGAGAGUGGCCAUCUUCAACGUCAUCAGAGAACCCACACAGAGGAGAAACCUUUUGAAUGCUCAGAGUGUGGACAGAGAUUCAGUCAGAGUGCCAAUCUUCAAAAGCAUCAGAGAACCCACACUGGGGAGAAACCCUUUGAGUGCUCAGAGUGUGGAAAGAUAUUCAGUGAGAGUGGCCAUCUUCAACGUCAUCAGAGAACCCACACAGAGGAGAAACCUUUUGAAUGCUCAGAGUGUGGAAAGAGUGACCAUCUUCAACGUCAUCAGAGAACCCACACAGGGGAAAAACCUUUUGAAUGCUCUGAGUGUGGAAAGAGAUUCAGUCGGAGUGGCACUCUUCAACGUCAUCAGAGAACCCACACAGGGGAGAAACCUUUUGAAUGCUCAGAGUGUGGAAAGAGAUUCAGUGAGAGUGACCAUCUUCAACGUCAUCAGAGAACCCACACAGGGGAAAAACCUUUUGAAUGCUCUGAGUGUGGAAAGAGAUUCAGUCGGAGUGGCACUCUUCAACGUCAUCAGAGAACCCACACAGGGGAGAAACCUUUUGAAUGCUCAGAGUGUGGAAAGAGAUUCAGUCAGAGUGGCCAUCUUCAACGUCAUCAGAGAACCCACACAGGGGAGAAACCUUUUGAAUGCUCAGAGUGUGGAAAGAGAUUCAAUUGGAGAGAAACUCUUCAACAGCAUCAGAGAACCCACACUGGGAAGAAACCAUUUGAAUGCUCAGAGUGUGGAAAGAGAUUCAGUAGAAGUGGUGAUCUUCAGCUUCAUUACAGAACUCACACAGGGGAGAAA